AUGAGGACUAGUGCUAGCAAAGCAAAGAAGCAGCAGAAUUUGUUGAUGCGCUUUAUUUCUUUACCCUUUCGGACUUUAGCCAAGGCCAGGAACUUCUACAUGAGGGGUUUGGAAGAUUGCGCCGGUAAGGUGGGUGGCGGCGGCGGUGUUGGCGGUUACGCUGCUUCGCAGGUUCACUUGCCGAGGAGCUUUAGUGUCAACUCUUCGGGUUCAAACGACGACGAGGAUGUGAGGCAGCUUAUCAGAACUGCGUCGUCAAAGAAGAACAAUGCAGGGAAAGAGAAUAAGGACGACAAUAUUAGGACAGCAGCUAGUUCAGAUGUGAAUAGAAGUAGUGUUAGACCAAUUGUUGGUGUUAGACAAGCUACGAAUGGUACGAACAAUGGGAGAGGGGUGAGGAGCUAUAGUGUUGGGUUGAAGAUGGGGAGGAUUGAUGAGGAAAGGGCUUCUACUUUUGAGGAAGAUGAAGUCGAUGUCAAGGCAGAUGUGUAUACAAGAAGCAGAAGCUAUGCUGUUAAUAAGAGAAAUGCUGGGUUUGCAUAG